AAAAUUGAAAAUACGAAUAUAGCCUUCAAUAGAGUUUUGUCUUUUUUAUUAUUCUGUGGAUGUCUGCCCCAAAUCAUGUCUCUCCAGAAUACUCUUCUCUCUUCUCUACCACAUGAUUGUCCCAGAGCCUUGCAGUCUGUACUCGUCAGCCUGAUAUCAUCACACGCGUGGCGUAUGCGGGCACCAGCCAACGUAGCUAAUAUGUGCUUACCAAUAUGGAUCACACAGCCUUUUCCCCAAACAAGAUCAAUUGCACUUGAUACAACUGCCUAAAUAAUGCGGCCGUUGUCCAAAUCAAGCAAUUGGCAUAUCCCAAUUCCCCUGUUGCGGUCUCCCUAUGCCUGCUCUCCGCAAACUCCGAGACGCCAUAGCGGACUUUGUUUUAUUUGAUAGUCUCGAAAUUUCCAGAUUGGGCCGGGUUUGUCAGCUGCUUUCUUAUAAAUCGAUCGGAAUACGUAACACAGCAUUUACCACCACGCAAUUGCCGGUUCGGAUGUCGCUGAGCAUUUGUUUAUAUCUGAUAAGAUUGCAUCAUGGAUUGUGGCAGGUCUGAAUCCCACUAUAAAUGCGGUUCUUUACCAUCGCACCACUUUGCUCUUUUCCACAUUCGUCCCCUCACAUCUUAGCAAACUAUUUUCAAUUAUCUAAUACAAUCAAAUCACUUUUCCUCUUUUUAUUUAUUCCUUCUUUGAUAUCACUGCACAAUGGCCCAAUCCAUCCAAAACGUUGUUCUGGUCGGCGCUGCUGGAAGUGUUGGAGAAGCUGUCCUCGCCGCUCUGGUCGCCUCCAAGAAAUUCAACAUUAAGAUCAUCCGUCGACUUGGAUCAACAUCGGCCGCACCCGACGGAAUUACUGUGGAAGAUGUCGAUUUUGAUUCCCAUGAGGCGCUUGUCAAGUCUCUUGAAGGACAAGAUGCUGUCGUCUCUACCGUCGGUGGCCCUGGCGUUCCAGUGCAGAAGAAUUUCAUCGACGCAGCUGUCACCGCUGGUGUGCAGCGAUUUAUCCCAUCAGACUUUGGAUCCAACUUGUACCACCCAAGUGCCACCUCAAACCCCAUCUUUGCCCAAAAGCUCAAGAUUCUAGCUUAUUUGGUUGAGCAAGCCAAGGCCUCGUCGCUGACCUGGACUAGCGUCGCAACAAACGCCUUGCUUGACUGGGGCAUUGAACAUGACUUUAUUCUGAAUUUUUCGGAAUACAAGCCUAGCAUUAUUGAUGGAGGUGACUUUGAAUUCACAACCACCAGGCUGACAACUGCCGCCGAAGCAGUGGUGCAAAUUCUACUCAAGCCUGAAGAGACCAAGAACAGGGCUGUAUAUCUCGAAGACUACAGAAUCUCUCAGAAUCAGUUUUUAGCCCUUGCUCAAAAGGUCGCUCCAAACAAACCUUGGCAGGUCAAUCACAUUACGAGUCAGGACUUGACCAAGGUCGGCGAAGAGAAUUUGGCAAAGGGUCUCAUGGGCCCUGAAACCUUUCUUCCCUUUGUAUUCAGAGCUGCGUUUACUAAGUCGGGAGGGGGGGAUUUUGAUGUAACAGAUAAUGAGCUUCUAGGUUUGAAGCGCGCUACCGAAGAAGAUAUUCUUGGUCUUCUCCGCGCUCAUUUGAAGUAAUCAGAGUACCAUUGGAAAAUUUGUUUUUAGAUAUAACGUGGUUCACGGGUGAGUGGGCCACACGGGUGAGUGGGCCACCCAAAAACACAUACAAAUUAAUACAAUUUUAAUUCCACCAACAAUUCCAAUUUAAAUAUAUAAAUACUAUAGAAAUUAUAAGUAAUAAA